GUGCGGUGUGGUGGCUUGGGUGUUGAUGGGAAUUGUGAUUUGUUUUUUUUUUGGAAACCACGGCCCACUAUGCGGCCCUUAUACAAGGGGCAGGCUCAAUGUAGCAUUCUUCGACGUAGAAAUGUCUUGAGUGGUGAUAAAUUCGAGAUUUAAACAACCCACGUGCCUUCAGACGUGACCACAAAUAAAAGAUGGAUUGUCUCUUCACGCUUACAGAGCAAGGAACGUUAUCUCCGAGAAGCUUUGAGGAAUACCAUGUACGUCAAGAUUUUGAGGGAGCAGCAUAGGAUCACAAAUAGAAGAGGAAAAUUUUUAGAUUUUCGAUGCCUGUUCAGUUUUUAAAUGGAUGACGCCGAUUUGGCCCUGCUGCUGAAGUACCCACUGAUAUCCAAAGCUUUAGCGGAGAAUGCGGUGACGUACAAAGGAACAGUUCAUGUGAAUGAGGAAGAUUACGAAAUAUGCGUUACAAAUUCAAACGAUACCAACUUCAAACUGACUUUACCUGAACGACUAACAUCUUUUGAAGCAGAAGUCGAUGCAGUUAUAACAAAGGAACAGCCUAAGAACAUUAUUACAGUCUUAGACAUCAUUUGUACCUUUAUAAGUACUAAGAUUCCGUUCACGGAACCGAUAGAUCGUUGCGAAGUCUACCGACAUAUCCUCCACGAAUACUCUGACUUCACGAGGUUUUAUUUGAACAUAAAAUCCUGCUUCCUAGCCCACGACUUGUCUAAAGUAAGAAUCUCCACACUGGACCAAGGACGGAGGGAGCACUCUUUCGAGAUAUCGGCGAACUUCGAUGACAAAAACGUAUUCAGCGUAACGUCUUACGAUUUACCACUGGAUAAAGAAGAAUUUAGGAAGUCGGCCAGUUUGAAAGACAUCUACGAUGAAUUGUUGGGGACGAUAGACACGUUCCAACCUUUUUUUGAGGUGAUGGAUGAGUUCGACAGGAAUUGUUGGGUUCUGGACCCCGAGGAACCGAAACGGAGCUGCGGUUACCGCAGAAUUUGGAUACGGGAAAACUUUUCCGUUAUAAUAACUUUAAACCCGGUGGACGUAUCUAGGUUGCCCGAAAUUAAACUUCUGGGACCAGAGAGGCUGGUGGAGGAGUACCGCAGCAAUUUGAACUCGAAUAUAAGCGAAUGGGAACCGAAAAAUGGCGUUUUCUCGGAGACGUUGAAACUACUAGGUUUGGAGAGUUUCCCGCAGAAGCCAGCGGUGGAAGAACGCGUCCCCGACUUGUUAGUGAACAGCGGCGAUUGCAGCAUAUGCUUCUCGUCUAGACUUAACGAUAAGCUGCCGGAGGUCAUUUGCAAGAAUAAGGUUUGCGAAAACUGCUACCACGUCGAGUGUUUGUACGAGUGGUUGAUGUCCGUGAAUGCGAGGCGGUUCUUCUCGGAUGUCGUCGGGUUGUGCCCGAAUUGCGAAAAGAAUAUCACCUGCCCGAUACCCAAAUAGCUGCACUCAAAUGUAUAUAUUUUUUCGUAUUUUUGUAAAUAAAUGUUUUA